UUCUCACCAAAAUAAAAUAAACGAACACCAACAUUCAAAACAACCACAAGGACGCGGCGAGAAAGUGAAACACUUCCAUGGCACCACACGAUCUCCGCCGCCCGUUCAAGCGACCGGCGAUCUCCGACCAAGAGAGGCGCAGGCAGCACUCUCUCCUCCGCCAGGCACAGAAUCGCCUCGACGCUCAGCGCCACGCUCGCUUCCUUGCCUCCACCGUCUUCUCCCUCUCAUCCCAAACCCCCGAUUCCUCCGAAAUCGAACUCGACCUCGUACCCGAACCCGAAAACCAACCAGAGCCUUCACACAAAGAACUCGACGUCCUCGAAGCCUCGAAGCUGAAGGGCUCAGAAGCUCGCAAAUGGUUCUCCAAACAGCUCAUGCACCCUGAAUGGAUGAUCGAUAUCCCUGACUCGCUCUCACCUAACUGGUUCGUGUUUGCAAGGCCUUCUGGGAAACGCUGUUUUGUUGUUUCCUGCAAUGGAACAACGAUAAGCCGGUUGAGGAACGGUUCGGUGCUGCACCGUUUCCCUUCCGCGUUACCAAGCGGCGCAAGGAAGAAGGACUCCGGUUCUUCUCAGUCUUACUCUAUACUAGACUGCAUCUUUCACGAGUUGGAUCAAACUUACUAUGUUAUUGACAUGGUUUGCUGGCGUGACUACUCACUUUACGAUUGCACUGCGGAGUUCAGGUUCUUUUGGUUGAACUCCAAGGUUGCCGAGAGUGGUGCUUGUGACCCUCCUUCGCAUUAUCACAAGUAUAGGUUCAGUUUGGUUCCCGUCUAUAGUUGUGACAGGGAUGGUCUUUAUGCGGCUUAUACCGCGCCUGUGCCUUAUGUCAAAGACGGUCUUCUCUUUUAUAACAAGCAUGCACACUACCAAGCAGGAAUAACGCCUUUAGUAUUAGUUUGGAAGGAUGAGAACUGCAGUCAAUAUGUUAUGGACACGGACAGUAAAGGACAGGUUCCGAACCAGCAGCAGGUGGUUUUGGAGCUUCAAGAAGAUGGAAAACUGACCACCUCUGAUGAUCCUCCAGUGGUAUUCGGCUGUUUAGAUGGAAGCUUUACACAGCAGUCAGAAUUGCUCUCAGGAUGUCUACUACGGUUUGCAAUUGGAGAGGCAGGAUUGGUUCUAGUGGAUGGGAAGCUUGAGAAAGCUGACCUAAAUUAUCUUGGCAAGGUCAAUCGAGCUCGCGCCUCAGCUGAUAGUUUCUCUAAGGUUAUGUUCCAAUAUAGCGUUCGACACUCCCCCCUCAGAAUUGACGACCUGUUGGGAUCUGUCAGCUCUCCAGUCGAUGAAGAAAGCAAACCUUGCGAUAUUGAGAUGGAUGGUUGAUAAGGAAUACAACACUUCGGAAUUCAAAUGCCAGUCUCUAUGCCCUGUGUCUGUGUGAAAUGUUGGAAAUUUUCACCUUAAUUUUUGGUUGACUAUGAUGCUAUGUCCCUGAAGGCUUCUGAAAGUCAUAUCAAGGGUUCUCAAAAUUGCUGGCUACCAGUCUACCUCAAGUGUUGAGAUACUCAGACAGACGGAUUAGUCGGAGUAGGAGGUGAGCAUAUGCGUGUUGUCCAUCUUGUGCCUGGUUUAUUUGAUGCUGGUAGCUUGAUAGAGUUUACAAUUGCCAGCAAUAAUGUAUUGCAGAGUGUAGCCAUCUUGUGCCUGGGUUAUUUGAUGCUGGUAGCUUGAUAGAGUUUACAAUUGCCAGCAAUAAUGUAUUGCAGAGUGUAGCAUAAUGAUUGAAUUCAUCUCAUAUCCGAAGUUAUCGGCCAGGUUUCCAUUAUUUUUCACUACUAAGCAAUGGUAACUUGUAUUUUUAAGAAUUCUUUGGAAUAUUUCUAACUUGUAAUGUUCAAUUAUAUUUUAAAUUUGUUGUUCCAAUAUAAGUGAUCUUUCAGUGA